AUGGUGGCGUCGUGUCUGGCCGCGCCGCCGAUCGGCCUGAAGCGUGCUCUGAUCAUUGUCGACCAGUAUGAGGAAUUGCUGAAGUGUUUCCCAGUUGAUGCACUCUAUUGCGUUAACUAUCUCACAAACAUUCAGAUCCGCUCCGGCUUGGCCUACGUGAUCUUUGUCGUGAAUUCAAGCGCAUGCACGCGAACUCUGCUGAACCUCAACCAAGGCGACCGCUUCGAGGUGUUGGAGCUAAAGCCUGCUCAAGGCGCAGGAGUGAGGGAGCUUGACGAAGAGCUCUACAAGAAGUGCUCCGAAAACAUUGGACUUUACAAGAAUGUGAUGGCCAAGGGGAGCGCUCAAAAGCCUGAGGACGCGGACGUGGACGACUAUAUCAGGCUGAAGCUGAAGGACUGGGAAGACGACUUCCACAUCCCCUACCCCUUCAAGUACGACAGGUCGUGGAAGAGGCUGGCUGAGGAGUCCGUACCUUUUAUGAAGGACAGGCUGGGGCAGGCCUUGGAGCAAGUGCUCCUAGCACAGAAAGGCCAGGACAGCCAGCAGGUCUUCACGCCGAAGGAGGUGGACGAGCGCGUGAAGAUCGCCGCGAGGUGCUGGAAGGACCUCAGCAAGAUGCAGGUGCUCGACGCCAUGGAGCCGGAGUGGGCCAAGCGAUUGGAAGGGGAGGGGGCCAAGCCAGCAGUUGCGGAGUCCCUGGCGGAGCACAUCCGGCGCCUGAUCGGCAACCCCGUCCCAGACCCACCACGGUUGAUUGUUCAGAGCUGA